AACGGCAACAAGUACUACGAAGACCACACCGAAGUGCCCGGCCGGCAUCGCUGGGUCGACUUUGCACAGCACGACGUGCAUGUCUCGCAGAUUGAGCCCGUGUGGCAUGCCUGGCUGCACCAUACUAAGACGGCGCCGCCUACGAACGACGAGGUGGUGCUGAACGCUAGACAGACGUGGGAGGCGCCGCCAAGCGAGUCGACGACGGGCACGCGCGCCGCGUUUCGCACGUACAACACUACGCGGCCCAAGAUAGUGAGUGUACACUUUCUUGCCUUCUAGAUCCUCUCUCGGGCGCCAAAGCCCCCCCCCCCACACACACAUCUUCGGGAGCCGCGCACAAGACCCUGACGCUAACUCUCCGCCUCGCGCUUUUCGCGCGCACAGAACGCAUGGGAGCCAAAGGUGGCUGCUCGUCAAUAAGACGCUGCGCGACGCUCGACGCUCGACGCUUGACGUUGCGGCGCAAAGAGGGCGUGGCGUUUGUACUUUUGCCG